AUGAGCCUAGGGAAGACUAUUUAUGUGGAUGAUGAUCUUGGAGAAAACAUGAGAAGCGUAUCGCAGAUAAGAACAAUGAGCGCUCUCAUAGCUGGUGUUGGUGCUGGAGUGAUGGGCUUGACUGGUAUCGCCGGUGCGGUGUUUUUCUUUUUUUGUGCAAUAAUAAGCUCCUUAAUAAUACUGAAUGUUGGUUGUGAAGGCACACCUGAGCGGUAUUUCCCAUCCGGGAAAAAACAGUUUUUUUCACUUGGCAACCUUGUCACAGGUGCUAUGACAUACAUCUUGGCAUGGACUGUGGCGUACGACGCAAUCUAUAUUUUUUAA